CAAUUUAAUUGUCAUUGUGAAUCAAAAGGCUGUUGAGACUGGAUGGACAUAUUUAUUUUCUGUUUAUUUUAGUUUAUGUAGAAUUGAGUUCUUUUAUUUAGGGAAUUAAUGCAAAUAUGGUUUAUAAUUUACGCAGUAUUGGAAUGUCUUUGAUAGGAAAUGUUGGUGAUAGUGGCUGCUCCGCUAGACCUGAUGACGGGGGUAUUAGAAACUUGAAGGGUUCUAUAGAUACUGCAAGUACAUCCAGCCUCAACAACCCAACUACAAACCAGUCCUUUCAUCCAGCCAAUCAGGAUGCAGCUUUCAUAUCAUAUCCCUGCCAAAACACCAAUCAGAACCAUGCAUCUGAUACGUAUGUUUCUUUAAUGUCUUCAUUUGAGGAAGAUAGAAGUUCAAAAUACAAAAGACGCAAACAGAUUAAACAAGACAGAAUAAUGGAAUCACACAAUGAAUCGGUGAUAAAUUUGGACUCCAGCCUGGAGGUAACAAUCUUGGAUAUCAGUAACAAUUCAACACCUAGUGAUUCAAACAGUACAAUAAAUUCUAUCACCACAGAGACUGAUAGCAAAUUAGUUUGCACAAUUUUGAACUGUGCUGCUGAGUUUUCAUCUGUAUCAGGUUUAGAGAAUCACAUGGAGCUGUUUAAGCAUUCACCAUGCAACCCGUGCCUGUUGACCAAGGACUGUAGACUGGCUGACAGUCCAUUAUGCUUUAUGUGUCCAGAAUGUGAUCUAGAAUUUUCAACUCGGGACGAGUGUUCCGAGCAUAUUAAUAGAAGGAAGCACCUGACAUUUUUCCCUCCACUUGCAAUAACAGCUUAUAUGUGUCCGCAGUGUCUGCAUCUGUUUGGAAGUUUGGAGGAGUGCUGGACACACAUUGAGAAACAGUCCCACCAUGGAAUAUCCUAUCCUUUUGCAAACGACCAUGCACUAACUACCAAUAAAUUGGGCGGACCUGUAGCUGUGGCCCAGGAACUAGUGCAGGACAUAAUUACCAAGUGCAAUGAUGUUGCCUACAAAGUGCAAUGUUUGGAGUGUGGAAUAUCUAUUGAAACACCUGCCAUUCUCAAACAUCAUGCAAGAGAGACUCAGAAUCAGCAUGUGGUGGCUUCUCUCACAGAGACAAGCUUAGUUGACAUAUUUGCAAAAUACCUUGCCGGUUUUUCUUGUAACACCUGUCAUAGACUGUUUACAGGAGAAUUAAAGGAGAUGGCAAAACAUCAAUGUGCCCGAAGAGUUGUUGGAACCAUUAUUGAAAACAACACCUGCUCUUUUGCCGAAUUUGUCAAACGCUGUGCACUCACUGUGAUAAAGUCUCUUGAGCUGGAAGAGGCAGCUGGCCCCAGUCGAAACCUUCCGCCAAGUCCUGGUUAUAAUGCAAGAAACAUACAACAUGAAGCUGCUGCAGCAGAAACAUCAAGCUACUAUAUGCGACCAAAUGAAGCAAGUUCUAAAAUUGAAAGUUCUGCUGACGUUGAUAGUAAUAAUGAAAAGGGUGCAAAUGGAGUGAAUGAGAGCAGACCCAGAGGACGAAAGGGACCAAGAAAGACUCGUUGGGAUGUUCAAAUAGUUGACAAUAGCAAAGGAACGGGAAAAGAAAAUUGUCUAGGCUCAAAUUUAUCUGAUUGUAAUAGAGAAAAUAAGGAAAAUUUAGAAAUAAAAAAUGCAAAAGGUAAUAAAAUUAAUAAUAAUGAGGAAAGUUAUAUUCUCAUAGAAGAUACUGAUGACGGAAGUGAUGAAACAGAUGUGGAUCUCCCUGCAAAUAGUGGAGCUAAACGGAAAAGAAAGACAAAAAAUGCAAUUACAGCAAAUAAAAAAUGUUCAUCUCCUGAUAGGAAACAAAAUGCAGGUAAAAAAUCAAUCAUGGCAAGUCCAUUUAUUGUCAUGAACUAUAAGCCUCGUUCCCCUCGUCUUCAGGGAAAUAUCCUGACUCAAGGGUAUGCUGUACAGACGUGUGAGACACGCUCAUCACCAAUUGAAUCAUUAGCUGGUAGUAACAAAGAAGCGCUGAAUAAAGAAAAGCCUGUCAGUCCAUCUAGAUAUAAGUUAAGAGCUAGAAGUGCAGACAAAUCUGCUCCCAGUGCUAGUCAAGCCUCAGAUGCUGGGUUUGAAAACAUCGCACAGAGAUUCUUGCAGGAAGAGGUUGCCCAAAGAAGUGCAAGAUCAAGGCACGAAAUGUUUAUAGAUGGCUUAUCAGCUAGUAAGCGGGACCGAUCUUGUAGCCCUGUGAAAAGCAUUGACUUUGGAAAGUACUCGAAUGUCCUCACCCAAGGUCAUGUUGGUCAGCCGUAUCUGAACCCAGUCAAAGCUAUUGAUGAGAUGAAUGGUAUUCAAACAAGACCACCAUGUCCGCCACCAAUGCAUGGACCAACUCGCUAUUUUCUUAGAAAUCGAUGCAGUUUUACAUCGGCUGAUCAUCAGCUGUCCAGCACUUUCCACCGACCCAAUUUUUUCCAUACAGGCCACACAACCCCGGUGCAGUAUCAGUUGCCCCAUCAGAGCAAUCAGUAUUUUCGUCCAGCUGUGACGUCUGUUUCACAGCAAUCUACCUUGAAAUCUUCUACCUAUGAUCCGUCACAAGGUUGCAGCACUGAUUCUACAAGUUCUGCAGGUACCUCGGUACAAGCACAGGUCCCUGCAAGACGUUCAACAGAAUACUUAAUUUCAACUGAACAUUUGUCGGUAAUGAAGAACAUCGUCUUCCUGGAUCUGGACAACUGGCCAUCCUUCUUUCACAAGCUUCCUUUCUGCUUACCUGACUUUACUUUCGUCUGGGGCUUCUACGGCGGUAAGAAUCCAUGGUAUGCACCAAUGAGACUGGAAAUCUUCCGCCAGAUGAAACAAAAGGAGCAGUUUUACUUGAACGAAAGGUGUGGUACAACGAAAGAUGCUGCUGACUUCGCUAUAGUUUUAGCGGUUGGCAAAAUGGAUGAGAAGUUACCAGCAAACAUAGCGUUCACAAUAAUGUCAGGUGAUAAAGGCUUCUGUGAAGUUGAACGGCAGAUGCGGAAUUCGGAGCGUAAGGUGAUGGUAGUGAAUCCACAUUUAGCCGCCCGGUUUUCCAACGAUAUGAUAUAUGCCCUUGUUACAAGCGUCACUGAUACAUAAUUUAUUCACAACGACACAUUUCGAUAUCUUUCUUUAGUUUCUUUUUUCUAUCUUUUCACAGUGUUCAGUUCAUUUAAUUUUUCAAACACUCUUUAUUUAUUUAUUUAUUUUUUUUUUUCAAAACAAAUAUUUUAUUUUUUGUACAUGUAUUAAAACAGUGGACAAUUCAGUAUUCCAAAUUUAUUAUGUAACUGAUUUAGUGCAUAUAAAACUGAUUAUACAAGGGCAAUUGACUGCCAACUAUUUUGUAAUAAAAUUUCCCAAAAUUGAAAAUUCG